AUGUCCAACGAGCAGACCUUCAUUGCCAUCAAGCCCGAUGGUGUCCAGCGUGGACUCAUUGGCCCCAUCAUCUCUCGCUUCGAGAACCGUGGCUUCAAGCUCGUUGCCAUGAAGCUGUGCUCCCCCGGCCAGCAGCACCUCGAGAAGCACUACGCUGACCUCAGCGACAAGCCCUUCUUCAAGGGUCUCGUCUCCUACAUGCUGAGCGGCCCCAUCUGCGCCAUGGUCUGGGAGGGCCGUGACGCCGUCAAGACUGGCCGCACCAUCCUCGGUGCCACCAACCCCCUUGCCUCCGCCCCCGGCACCAUCCGUGGUGACUACGCCAUCGAUGUCGGUCGCAACGUCUGCCACGGCUCCGACUCCGUCGAGAACGCCAAGAAGGAGAUUGCCCUCUGGUUCAAGCCUGAGGAGCUCCAGACCUACAAGCACAGCCAGUUCGACUGGAUCUACGAGAAGGCUUAAAUUUCUCAUCUCAGCCUAGCAACCAGAGCCUACAGUUCCUCAAUAUGUUGGAUGUAGCGUUCCUCAGAUGUUAUAAUCUAGAAAAAAAAAGCUAUAUGAGAAAUACAAGUCGUUUCCAGGUCUAUUUGUAUAUUUACAACUGUACAAUCUGCCUGCAUGGCCAGUGCCAUCGGUAGCAUAGCAUCGCUUCUACUUUCUGUUAAAUAGACUCCGAGCCCCUUUCCCCAGGGGGCCGAGAACCGUUCGGGCAAACCAUGGGGUGGCCCAGACGCUCGCGGCAAUUCGAAGAGG